AAAUUAAACAUGAAAAAGACAACCAAGAUGUAGACUAAACGAACUUUGACGAUUUCAGAGCCCGUAACCGUCGACAGCUCAAGAUCAAAACUUCGUCAUGUCGAAGCCCUUUUCAUCGAUGUUUGCGCGGAGAUAUUCAAAGCGACAGGUAACGAACCGUGAUUUCAACUUUGUACAAGAUUGGAAUGCAGGCUCAUCAGAUGGCAGAAGUACAGACAACCAUGAUACAUUUAGUGCCAAGGUGACUCCACGAGCACAGUAUAUUAUUUCCUCGUCCAAACCCAGUCCAGCUCAUGGCAAUCAUCACAUACCAGAACUUUCUGAUCUCAUCAGCAGCAGUCCGAUACCUGUUGUCAUCCAGUCACCGCCUGCAAGGGCAAUUCCUUCUAAACAAGCAUCCAUUGGGGAGGAUGAUGACGACGAAGAAGAGUUAGCAGACGAGGAGGAUGAAGAAGAAGAGAUGGCAGAGGAGGAGGAGUCUGGCCGAGACGGGGAUGCCAGCAUGGUUGACAGCACAAUGGCCGUGAAGGAUGAUGGAGAGUCGGAAAGUGAUAGCUUUGUGGUAGAAGCUACAAUACAACAUGCUCAGGAGGAGGACGUGAACGGUACUUUAUAUCGCUCCAGAAAAGAGACCACACAGAGGAUUAGAUACAGCACAUCUGACCGUGAGGUAUCUGGAGGUGUGUAUUCUGAACACAGCGAGACCGGUACCAUUGAUAGUAGGGCAGAUGAGUCUGAACGAGAGAAGGAUGGAAGACAGAAGGCUGUUCAUCAUGAUGAGGAGUUGGAAGAAGAGGAGGAGGAACAGGUUGAUAGGCAUGAGAAAUUGAACAUAAGCAGCAUGCAUGUUGAGAAGGAGAAGAACAAUGAUUUAUCAAGUAGAACAAGAAGGUCCAGUGCUAAAGAUAAUAAGGAAGAGGAGGAGGGGAUUGAAGAUACUAGGUUAAAGAAAUUGGACAGGAAAAGCUCUUCUCUGGAGGAGAAAAGUCUUAAUAAUCGUUCAUCUCGUAAAUUGAGAGCAAGGUCUAGGGGUAAUGAUCCAGAGGACAAUAUGAAUGUGCAAACAUCAUCUGGUGUGCUACAUAGUGCAGGUCUGCCAAACGAGUCUGAACAAAGAAACAGAGUCAUUGAAGCAGAUUCAGAUGACUGCACUGAUAGGUCCUCAUCUCAGAACCAGAGAAAUGAUAGGAAUCAAAGGAACAGGUCGAAAAUUCAGACAAACAGGUCUGGUGGACAUCAUAUUGAGACUGUCUUCCAUAAUGAGACAAGGGAAAGUGAUGACGGGGAUGAGAAUGAGAAACCUUUACAUAAGAAUAGGCCAAGUCUAAAUAAUAGGGAAAAUGUGAGAAACUCUGUAUCCAAAUCACCUAAGCAGGCUAAGAACUUAAACAAAUCUAGAUCUGCUGACAAAGAGCAGCAAAAUCAGACUUUUGAGAGAAGAAAAACACGUUCAGGAAAAAAGGAAAGACUGACAAGGCACUCCUCUAUGGAGCAAAAUGAUUCAGAUAAAGAUGUGUCGGAAACGCAUGAUUCUGAUUUGGAGGAAGAAGAGACUGCAGGUAAAAGGAGAGGGUCACUCUCUGAGAGCAGGACUAAAGUUCCACAAGAGGGCGAUACUGACGAAGAGGAAAUCAUGGAGGAGAUUGGUGAUGAGGAUAUGGAAGAAGAUGUCACGCAGGACCAAAUGUUACGGGACGAAAUCUCUCAGGAGGAAACUGCAGCAUCAAUAAUGAUCCAGUCAACUAUACAAGAUACACCAAUAACAACAAAGUCUCACAAAAAGCUAAAGAGAAGUCUUGUUAACAAAAUCAACAAUGACAAUGAGAAGGAGGACAAUGAUGAUAUCAAUGUUGGCAGCCCCGCUAAACCCGUACCACCUCCUUUAAAACAGAAGAAAAUCUCAUUUUCUUCUGGAACUAAAAAAUCAGAUGAGAAAAAAAGGAAAGAACCUGUACACCACCUCGGACUAUGGCAGUGUGAGAUGGACAAACGUUACAAGAAAUCUGUUCUAGAUCUCGACAUUGUCCUCAAUGACCUCGAUGAGAAACUCCAAGUGGCCAGUGAUGACAUUCAUCUUACUACAAUGAAGAAGAAGGAAUGUCAGUUACUGAGUCAUAUACGGAAAAGAAUCACCAGUACAAUAGAAGCUGUUGAAGAAACUCGACAAAAACGCACAUACAUUCUUCGGGCAAAGAGAAGCAUUAAUGAAAGCAGGACUGAGCUGUCAGAGCUACAACAGAAAAACAUCAGACUUUCCGAGAAGCUUGGGAAUGAGAAAAAUGAAAAGAAAUAUCGGAAGAAGUUACUGAACGACUGGAUCACCAGCUUUGAAACUUUAAUGGUAGCGUCUCGUAACAUAAAAACCAAAUCAGCUCUGAAGGGUAUGGUUUCAUUUGGCUACCUUCCCAAGAUAGAGUGAACCCGGGGAUUCAACACGGGAAGUCAGGAACAGACAUGUUCACACAGCUUAUAGCAGGAACAGACAUGUUCACUCAGCUUAUAGCAGGAACAGACAUGUUCACACAGCCUAUAGCAGAAACAGACAUGUUCACACAGCUUAUAGCAGGAACAGACAUGUUCACACAGCUUAUAGCAGGAACAGACAUGUUCACACAGCUUAUAGCAGGAACUCGAAGGCGAUUUCUGACAAAGGUCUUCAGACAGAAGCAGUUGACAUUUUUCUGUCUGAAAACAAAUUACGGGAUACAGCUGGCGAUCUACCCAAGAUAGAGUGACGAGGAUUCAACACCUGGAAUAGGAACAGAGAUGUUUUACAAAGUUUUCUACUUCAAGAAUUGUAACCCAGGGAUACAUGCAAAAGCAUUUCCAAUAUUUCUUUUUUUAGUGAGACUUUAUACUGCUGACAAUAUGUAGCAGGUCUCAUGUCCGUUUCAAAACUCAUGAUCUUUCAAAUAAUGUUGAUUUUUUUCAUUGGUCAAAUAUUUAAUAUAAAGGCCAAUAUGUUCAAACCAGAUAAAAAAGGGGAAACUUGUAAAAAAUAUUUGUUGUAUAUAUUGAUUAUAAACAAUUAGUUUUGUUGUACAUUGAAAAUAUUUUAUUAAA